AAUAACAUUUUAACAAGCAAGUAAUACGGAAACAAAAAUUAUAUACAAUAAGUAAAGAUGAGAAUAUCAACGACGAUAAUUUUACUGUCAAUUGCCAUGUGCUACAUUUGUAUUGUCGAGAGUGCACCUACACCAAGUCCUGCAUUUCCAUUCACUGUGCUGCCAAAGCCGGGACAUGGACAUAGAAAGAUUGCUGGACGAAAAGGUCCUGCACGACUUGAUUUUUUGAGCUUCAUGAUGUACAAAAGUUUAUUGAUUGACAAGAAGCAUAGCUAUAUUCAGCCACAUGAUCAUGAACACCAUGUUUAAAUAUUUCUGAUUAACAAAGAUUAA